AUAAAGGCGGAAACAACAGUGUAAUGUUACAGUCAUCUGAGCGUUACACUGUAAACAGAGACACUCUCACUAUCAGAGGACUGAAUGAGUCUGAUCAGGAUCAGUACUGGUGUAGAGGACAGAGAGAUGAAAGACCAAAAUCAUCACAGGAGAGUGAACGAAUAAAUCUGUCUGUUAAUGAUUUACCCACGUCUACACUGACUGUGACACCAGACAGUCCUGUAUUCACUGGAGAGACAGUCAAUCUGAAGUGUGAGAUUGAGCCUUGCAGUAACUGGAGAUAUGAGUGGUAUAAAGACGGCACUAAAAUGUCUGAGGAUUACACUGUAAAUGGAAACACUCUCACUAUUGAACGAUCUGAAACAUCUGAUUCGGGUCAGUACACGUGUAAAGGACACAUAGAUGGAAGAUCAGUCUCAUCACAAUCAAGCUCUGCUGUUUCUCUCUCAGUGAAGGAUUUACCCAGAUCUACACUGACUGUGACACCAGACAGUCCUGUAUUCACUGGAGAGACAGUCAAUCUGAAGUGUGAGAUUGAGCCUUGCAGUAACUGGAGAUAUGAGUGGUAUAAAGACGGCACUAAAAUGUCUGAGGAUUACACUGUAAAUGGAAACACUCUCACUAUUGAACGAUCUGAAACAUCUGAUUCGGCCUACUACACACAAUAUAGUGAUGCACUGUGGGUAAAUGUUACAGUGAGUUCAAAAGCUGUGGUGACGGUACGGCCUGAUGAACAAGUGUUCAGAGGAGAAACAGUCACUCUCAAAUGUGAUAUAAAGUGUGGAGAAGACACCGAGUGGACAUAUAGAUGGGAAAUAGAGGGAACAAACUACCAAUAUACAAACUCUGUUGGCCGAACCUCAACACAAGAGUUGAACAUCAGGAGUGUUGAUCACUUUCACAGCGGUAAAUACACCUGCACAGGACAGAUGGGAACACAAAUCUCUCAGCACAGUGACGCUGUUACACUUACUGUAUCAGCUGAAGCUCAGGCAGCAGUGCGAGUGUCUCCACAGCCGUGGCUGAAUGAAGGAGACUCAGUGACUCUGAUCUGUGAGGUUACAGGCUCCUCUACAGGCUGGACGUUCAGCUGGUUCAGAGAUGAUGAUCAUCUGUCCGACAGCAGCAGAGGAGCUGGAGGCUCUUACACUCUCAGUCCUGCUGCUCUACAGCACACAGGAGUUUAUACGUGCAGAGCAGAGAGAGGACGACCGGCCUAUUACUCAAAGAACAGUAACACACAGCCACUGUGGAUCACUCGUGUCUCUGCUUCAGUGUCUCUGGUGGUCAGUCCCAGCAGAAGUCAACACUUCUCAUCUGACUCUCUCUCUCUGAGCUGUGAGGAUCAGAGUAACUCUACUGGAUGGUCAGUGAGAAGAUACACAGACAGAAACACAGAAGAUUGUUCAAAAUUAACAGGAUCUACAUGUCGAAUCGACUCCCUCAACACAUCUGACACUGGAGUUUACUGGUGUCAGUCUGAAUCCGGAGAGAAACGUCAUCCUCUAAACAUCACUGUUCACAAUGGUGAUGUGAUUCUGCUGAGUUCUGUUGAUCCUGUGAUUGAGGGAGAUACUCUGACUCUACACUGUUUACAUCGAUCUACAAACUCCCCGAUCCUCAGAGCUGAUUUCUAUAAAGACGGAUCACUCUUCCAGAAUCAGACGACAGGAGAGAUGAACAUCACAACUGUCUCAAAGUCACAUAAGGGUUUCUACUACUGUAAAACAGAGAGAGGACAGUCACUGCACAGCUGGAUCUCAGUCAGAGCAGCUUCAUCUUCUCUUCUGGUCACUGGUGUGGUUGUGGGAUUGAGUGUUUGCCUGUUGUUCUUCCUCUCACUGGUGCUGCUGUGGAGAUACAAGAAGAACAAAUGUGUGGCGCAGUUCAUAACAUUUUGUAUGAUUAAUACAAUUGAACAGCAACAAAUGAAAGAUCAGCAGCGUAACAUUAACCAGACAUCAGUCCCAAAUCAAUCUGCACAAUCUCAACUGGAAAACUCUCCACUGCAGUCUGGUCAGCCUCAAUAA